AUGACCGCGGUUAAAACAUUUUCUGCGGGAGAAAUUGUCACAUGGUUCACGCGCUUAAGGUUGGUUGGGUUGAUCAUUUGCGAUCUGCAGAGUUGGGAUCUCGUUGAGCGAGUUGGUCUGGGGCGAACUGACGGACCGGCGGUUCUGAUCCUCCGUGAGUGUUUUGGCUCGCAAUCUUUGGUUCAUAGAUCGUUCCGGUUUGAGCUGUCUGGCGGCUUUGACUUGCGAGCUAUUCCGUCGCGAGCUGUCGGUGGAUUUAUUUCGCAAAUCAUGAGACGUGACCGGAUCCAACUCUCUUCCUUCCUUAAGCGAGCUCCGGGAUCAGUUUGUCUAGUCGGACUGACGAGCUGUGGAGUUGACGGCAGUGGAAUCGGCGAGAUGACGGUCUUGAUCUUCUUCUCAAUUUAG